UGGUCUAGUGGUAGCCCAAAAAGGUGUUUGGCCCAGGUAGAGAAGCCAGUACUCUGGGAGCUCUUCCUAUUUGACGUACUCUGCAUCAAGUAGUCGAUCGUUCGCAUAGACCAUCGAACUGGGCCGGCCCAUCUUAGAAAGUUCCAGCAUGUUUUUUCUGUUUUGGGGAACAUUCUAGAAGGUUCCUGAACUGUUUUUACUGGUUUUUUGCUUUCUCAUGGUUUUUUACUAAGUGUUUUUCCUUUUCCUUUUUCCUUUUUUUUGUUUCUUCUUCUUUUCUUUUUCCUUUUUGUCUUAGUUUCUUUUCUUAAUGCUUAUGUUCAAAUUUUUCAAAACGUCUUCAGAAAAAAUUGGGGAUUUUGAUAAAUAAUUCCGCUUCAAAACUUGUUCGCUAAUUUCAAAGAAUAUUCAUGUUUCCAUAUUUUGUUUGGAAGAUUCAAAAAAAUGUUCUUAUUUUAAAAAAAAUCAGAAAUUUCAAAACUGUUCAUGUUUUUGCUCGGGAGUUUGAAAAAAGUCCGUUUUCAGUAAUUUUGUGCAUUUUACUAAAAAUGUUUGUUUUUUCAAAAAAAAUCCCGAUGUUCCAAAAAAAUUUCUAGUUUUCAUAAAAUGUCUGCGUUCUGAAUUUUAUUUUGGAAUUUCAAAAUAUGUUCCCGUUUUUAAAUAUUUGUGUUUUCUAAUUUUGUUCCAGAGUUUCAUAAAAUGUUCGUCUUUUCCAAUUUCAAAAAAUGUUCACAUAUUCAUUUUUUCCAGAGUUUCAAAAAUUGUUCAUUUUCUUUCAAAAAUAAAAUCCCGUUUUGGAAAAUGUUUGUUUUUCCAAAAAAAUUAAAAAAUUAAAAAGUGUCUGCGUUUCAUAAUACGUUCUUUUUUUUGAAACAAAUGUUUUGCGUUCGAAAUUAGAAAAUACUCGGAUCUGCGAUGGUUUUGGUUCUUAAUUGAUUCGCGAGCAAAAUAUUCAGAUACGGUCUUUGGUUCAACCGGCAGCUUGGUCGCCUCAUUCGCCCACUAGUAAAAAAACAAGAAAAAAAAAAAAAACAGCUCCACUCGCCUGCGCCGGCAUCGCAGCCCCCUCUCCGCCGGCGACUUCUCCCAGCGAUUGCUCCGGCUACCCCUGCCAGCGACCGCUGACUUCCGGGAACCCAGAUCCGCUCAAAGGCACUUACUCUCCUCCACCGCAUCGACCCGCCGGAAGAAAGGAGAGUGCGGCCGGCGACCUGAGCUUUCUCGCCCCGGCAGCGGCGAGCCUUCUUCCCCCCUCCCCCGACUCGAAUGAGGCGAGCCUUUAUCCUUCCUCUUCUCUCCUAAUUCAUUCUUCAUCUCUUUUCAUCUAAGCACCCUAGGUAAUUAGGAUUUCCCCCCCUAAUUCAACUCUACCUGCAUGUACUUACUCAGCUGAGGGCACUCCAAUAGCCCGAUAGAUAAUGGAGGAUGCUUCCGAGGAGAUUUCCCAGCGGCUCCGUCCAGAGAAGAAACCGUGUGCCGAUGGCGAAUCGCAGCAGCAUUUGCCGGCAUCCAUGGUGCUCGACGACGACAACCUCCUCAUUGAGAUCCUCAGCUUCCCCACCACACUUGUAUGCGCCACCCUCGUCUGCAAGCGCUGGCUCUGCCAUGCCUCUGACCCUAAGUUCCUCAGCCUGUUCCGCAACCGCCACCCGCCUCGCGUCCUUGGCUUCUACAUAUAUGGAGGGUCGGCCUGGAUAUGGUUGGGCGCCCCCCUGCUCUUCGUCCCCAUGCAGCCCCAGCCCCCAGAGCUCGCCCCCUUCAUCUCCCGUGUCGCGAGCCAUAGCUUCGGCGCCGACAAUGACAGAUUAUGCAUCAUGGAUUGCCGGAAUGGCAGCGUCUUAACCAGAUGCCGCAGAGGAACAAUAUUGACACAUGGAGUGCACCGCCCACUAUGCCCUCAGAGAGACAUGGAUGUCAUCCCACCACUCCCAAGAGCCCAGUACCAUGGUCAACAAAUUUUCAAUACAAUCCUCUCCAAAGAAGAAGGCGGUGUCUUGUCCUACCUGUAUAUGUUGGCGGAGUUUUUCAGCAAGACAAAAAGUUUCAGGGUGCGAGUCUAUAUGUUGCAAGGUGGCGUCUGGUGCAUGCAUGCCUCGGCCACGACACAGCUCCCUCGUCUGCUGACGUCACUGGCAGUUGUGCUUGUUGACGAUAAAAUCUAUAUGGCUGACACCUUCAGUGAUGAAAUUAUUGUCUUGGAUAUGACAACCUCGGGUUUCUCCACAAUUCUGCUCCCACAAGGAGUGAAUUUUCACUGUGUUCGCACCAUCAUGUCACGUGCCGGUGAUGCUUCUGGUGUAUAUCUCACCCAUAUCCAUGUCAAGGAGCUACAGCUUUGCAUCUGGCUCCACAAAGGGGACAACUGGUUGUUGGUUGAUACAAUUUGUUUGCAUCAGAUGUGGGAUAAUUUGAUGAUGCUGGAUCAGACCUAGGAUGAGCAUAUUAGUUUUAAUUGUAUAAGCAAUGUGGGGGAUAAUGCUGAAUUUGUGUUCUUGGAAAUGUGUGGCUGCAUUUUCUAUCUGGAUGUCAUAAGCAAGACACUGCGUAAAGUGCAUGGGGUGACAGUAAAGGAUCGACCGUUCAAUGAUGUCUAUCCUUUUAUGAUGAUUUGGCCGCCCAUAUUCCC